GGAAUGAAGUUGCACUUACUCCAGCUUCGCCCAUUACCAACAGAACAAUUGUUGCAGAGAUGUCAUCAGCAACAAGGCUUGCUUCAGCUGCACUUGCGUGCUUUCUUUGUGCAUCCAUACAAUUGGUGCAAGUGCAUGCGGAUUGUAAAGGACACCAAGGGCAAGUACUAGAGGCGGACAUACAGCUCCUAUUGAACUGUACCACACAAAAUCCAAGGGCACAGUUACUAUUUGGACUCAGUCUGCAAGGUUCCUUUGGCGGUCUUCUCGUCCUGGAGUUCAACUGCAGUUAUGGCAAUAUGAUUUCAACUGGACACCUGCUGGAGAGCGAUGCUUAUCCUGGUUCAAGCUCUCUCCAGACACCCCCCACCUCCCAGAUAAUUCCUUGGGGAGCACGGUGCGUGUUCAGUGGUUGCUAUGAGGCUAUAGACUUUGAGGCUGGUAACCGUUUGUUUUCCAUACCUCCUACUCCCUGCACAUUACACAAUCAUGCAGAUGUUAAGUGUGCAGUCAACUGCAGCGAAUAUUCGAUAUGUGUGGGCUCAAGGUGUGAGUGCCUGGAGGGACUGGUUACAGCUGAGGAAGGUCAAUCCUGUUUCAAUUUAACCGACUGUCGCUAUGGCAAUUGCUACCAGUGCACGGAGAAUGGCACCUGUGGAUGCUGGAAAGGUUUUAAGCCAGUCGAGGUCGACUAUGGAUUGUUGUCUUGUCGAGACAUUAAUGAGUGCUCUUUUAACAAUGGUGGCUGUGAGCAGGAGUGUGUGAACACAGUCAGCAGUUUCCUCUGUGCUUGUAGUCAUGGCUACGUGCAGCUGGAGAAUGGAACGUGUAGGAGGAACUCAGUGACUACCACUCAACCUGCGACUGUCAUGGAUGACAAAGUCAAUGACAGCGUUUUAUUAACUCUGUUACUAAUCCCCAUCGGCACUCUAUUGCUAGUGGUGGGCGUAGUGGUGGGAGUAGUGGUGGGAGUAGUGGUCAUGUGGAGAAGAAAACGGAUGGAGCUGCAUCGAUUUGGACCACGAAUGGAACAAAAACUGGUUGAUGACCUGCUGAUAGACAUCACCACAACAACUUUUGUUGAUGCUGACGAUGAAAGCGUAUUUGACCACUUUCUACCCUCCCCCACUGUCUACAGCUGGUCCUCAAUGCCGGAACUUGUGGAUGACAUUCAUCGUUACGCUCGCAAGUUCUCAACCCCAGAUGACAGAGGUCAACACGUCUCAGAGCCGGAUUUAGUCAAGAAAAUGUUUACUCUACCAGCUGUCACACGUAGCAGCAUGCCUGAACUCGUGUGUAGUAGCCAGCAAUUCAACACUUCACUGAGCAGAGUUUCCCUAAGCGAUCCGAGGAAUGUCACACAGCUAAUUUUGGACCUUCCAAAUCAAGAGGAUGAGUAUAUUGUACUUUCUGAAGUCAGUUAAAUCUGCAAAGAACAAUUUCUAUAAUCGCCCCUGCAUAAUUACGUAAAACAUUCAUUAUGUAAAUUUUGUUUUAUCACUUAUUUUUGUUUAUCACAUCACAACAUUUGCAGAAAUGCAAACAGCUAGCUCAGUAAUUAAUAAUUGUUUCAGUACCAACAGCAUUGUUGCUACAUG